AUGGGUUGUGGUUUAUCAAGUAAGACAACAGCAAUAACAUCGACAACAGAUAAUGAUGAAUCUAUGCCAGAUGAAUGUGCAACAAUAUAUCAAGAAGACAAAAUAAGAAAGAUUCUUCCAACUUAUUCUGGAAAUCGUUCUCAUCAAUCGUUGGAUUAUGUUAGUGCAUAUCCCCAAAGAACAAUUACUAGUUCUCAUUCAUCUAUUAUUAAUCCAAUGAGAUCUAUUUCAAAUAAUAGUACUGAAUUAAAUAUACGAUUAAUUGGUGAUGUACAAAAUGAGCCAAAGCAUAUAUUAAGUCCAAUUUGUAGAUACGAACAUUAUCCACUUGUUUCACUUGAAGAAGCUUGUAAACCUCUUCUACCAUUUAUUAAUGAUUUAAAACGUUAUGUUGGAAUUGCCAAACAAAAUUCAAAGAAGCCAAGUGAUAAUCUUACACCAGAUGAAUCAGCUUCUAUUUAUUUAUAUUCAUUGGAAUGGUCAGAUGGUUUAUAUCAAAAAUUAAAUAUUGAUUUACGUCAAGAUAAACGAGAUAAACUUACUCCAUGGUUUUUAUAUUUAAAAUUAUUUUUGACAGCUCUUUUUAAAUUACCCAAUGUCAAAAGUGAAAUUAUCUGGAGAGGAAAUAAAGUAAAAUUUGAAGGUUACAAAAAAGAUACAUAUCAUAUUUGGUGGGCUUUUUCAUCGUGUACAUUAAAUCUUGAAGUACUCGAAUCACAAAUGUAUUUUGGUAAACAAAAUAAUCAAACUAUAUUUUCUAUUCAAGCAUUAAAUGCAAAAAAUAUUCGUAAUCAUUCGUAUUUUAAAAAUGACGAUGAAAUUCUUCUCAUGCCUGGAACUUAUUUUAAAGUUCUUAGUGAAGGAUCUUCAUCAUCUAAUCUUCAUAUUAUUCAACUUAAACAAGUUCAACCACCUCAUGUUUUAUUAGAAUUACCUUUUCAAAUAAGAGAACAAGAAGAAGAAGAUGAUAAUGAUGAAGGAUUUGAAACUGAAAGAUCAAUUAAUAAUGGAAAAAAUAAUAUGAAGACUCUAACAAAUAGUAUAUCACAAUCAAGUGAUAUAAGAAAUUCACCGAUACAAGAAGAAAAAAUCACAUUUACAAAAAUUUCAAAUGCAUUGAAUAAUCGUUCAAAAAUUCCCGAUGGUUAUGCGGGAUUUAACUGGAUAAAUAUUGAUUAUAUUGGUGAAAAUUAUGUUCGUCGUAAUAAACCUGAUUGGAUGAGACUUUUCAAUUUUUAUGAAAUUAUUGCAAUAACAAAUCAUAAUGAUCAUUAUCCUAUGAGUAUGAGUAUAAAACAAAAUAAUGGACAAACUUUUUCUGUUCAAAAUAUUGAAAUUAGUGGUGUUGAUGAAAAAGGACAAAUUAAUAUAAAUGGAUUAUUAGACGGUGAAAAAGUGUGCGAAGAUAGUAUUGAACUUGAUAAUCAACAAGUUUUAAUCAUUGAUUUAGAAUGGGAAAAUAUUGAUACUUUAGAAUUCAAUGGAAAUAUUAAAAUAGCUAUUCAUUCAAUCAGUUUUUGA